AUUAUUCCUACAGUGAAAUGAUUAAUGUGCUAUCUGAAGGAUUCUACUUAAUUUACCUCCGGAACAAAAAAUGCGCAGUCAGUUCACUACGGGGAACAAUAAGCGGUCGGACCAAGUGAGCGGAAGUUGUGUGCCUUGCUUGCGGAGGUCAAGUUAAGUCGGUCCUGCACGUCAAUUACUACAGGAUAAAGGCUGCCCGCUGUGUGUCAGUGAGUUCUGUGGAGUAGCUGCUGAACAACAGACAGCCAUGGUGAAGAAAAAGCAGCUUCGGCCCAUUGCAGAGAUGGCUCGGAAGAUCCGGGCGUACCGAGAGCGUAAGUCCCGGCCUCGGGAGUCCCAGAUGUACGACCUGGACUACGAGACCAUGAAGCGGCCUCUCACAGGGAAGAUGUUACCCGUGCUGGCCUGGCAGGACGUCCGCAGGGAGAGCCGCCUCUUCUCCCUGCUGACGGGGAUGAGGAUGUUCGGAGUGGGACGCCUCUUCACCCGCAAGUCCUGGCUGGAGGAGCACACGGAGCCCAGCUACUGGCAGAUCACCAAGGUCAAGGUGGACUACACAGCCGAGAACAUGGAUCAUGGCAAAGCGUGGGGGAUCCUCACCUACAAAGGAAAACAGGAGAGCGAGGUGAAGGAGAUGGACAAGGUGAUGUACCACGACUGGCGCCUGGUUCCCAAACACAUGGAGCUGCAGCUGAAGGACUUUGUCCCGCCUCCUGAGCCGCCGGUGCGCUACGUCCCCUUCCCUCCCCUGCUCCGCGCCAUGAUGCUGGCCCAGCACAAGAAAGCAGUAGGCAGCGUACUGGCUGAGGAGCCAGUCUUGCCUUUAAAGAGGGACGUCCUGCUCAACAAAGACUACUUCCGGGAGCAGGAACUCAAGAAGCAGAGGACGGAGGGGACGCCGGUGUGAUCCUUGUGGGUCUGAAGAUAAAAAUCUUGGACAUUUUGGACUCAAUCAAUUCUGGACUCAAAGGAGUUCUCUGCUAUUUUCACGUGCAGCAGGCCUCUCUGUGUGUUAUAUGCAUCUGUGUAAUGUCGUAAAUAUUAAAUGACUGAACAAAUA